AUGCACUCAUCAUCGAGCCCUCUGCUGGACAUGGCGGGUAUAAUCACCACGGUGCCCGUUGUCAAGAAACUGCGUCCCUGCGAGGACCAACAGCCUCGGAGGAUGCAGGUUCUUCAGGACAACUUCUUGUACCACUCAAACUCGAGGUUUGGAGAUGAUGGAGGCCUGGGAGAUGAGAGACAACUUUUGGUUGAAGAGCAGAAGUUAUGCAAAGCCCGAGCUCGCAAGUUUUCCCAGGAAACAAACCGACGCCAGAAGGCCCUGGAGGAGAGACGGAAGCAGCGGGAUGUGCAGGAACAGCGGCUGAGAGAGAACAUCUUACAGCAACGCAGACAGCGAGUACAGGAUGCAACUGAGCGCUUCCAAAGAGCCCAUCUACCUCCUUCUCAGAGACGUAGACAAUCUUUUAGAAGAAAUGUCCCAAAUAUUGAAGAUGCGCUUAGUCAACUUCAAGGCAGCUUGAGUUCUUACACCCGGCAGUCCUCUUUCUUGUGCAGCACCUCUAACAUUAGCAGAAGCUGCACUCCCUCUCCCAAGCCUCCCACAGUUUCUAAAUCCUCCCACCGCCAAGCACUCUCUGCUGUAGAGGCCUACACUAAACUGCUUCAGGAGCAGAGCAUGACAUACUUCAAGAACAGUCAAGAAACUGGAAAGACACAAGAGAGGCUACAAGAUCACAGUCCACGGGACAGCCACGUGUCUGAUUGCUGUAUUUCUGAAAGCCUUUCAUGUAAGGACAGUUUGGAGAAUGAGGACCCCAGCCACAGGCAUUUGAUUUUUGCAAAACAAGUAGCUUUAGCAAUCAGAGAUAGUGUUGAAUUGACAAGGGUGAAGACAAAGGACAUGGAGAACAACAACGCUAUCAAAAAGAAGCUGCGCUGGUUUGACGAGGUACAUGUGGGAAAAGAGGACAAAGCACAGAACAUAAUGAAACAGAUGAAAGGCAAGUCUUCCAAUGUUUCUCAGUCAAAGAAAAACCCAGAAGACCACCAGCUAAGUCUCACUACAGUCUCAGGGGCUUCCAAGCCUGGACCCAGCGUGACCCCUCCAGCUUCCACUGGUUAUCACUUUACAAAGCAAGCGUGGGCAGAUGUUGGGGUUCAAGUCAGCUUACCCCAGGAACGAGCAGACGAGGUCAAGGUGCCGCGGGGCAGCACCAGGACCGGUGGCCCCAAGGUCCCUUGGAGAGAGCGCUCUGCCAGAGUUGGAGUGGGUCCUGUUUCCUCGCGGACUAGAAAGGGCACCGUCAUACGACCUCAAUCUGCCACAGAGGUGAAUCAGAUUGCCAAAACCCAAGGGAAGAUCAUGGUGCCCUGCCCACCUCCUAGGAUAGAAUCGGUGGAAGAAAGGACGGCAUAUAUGGCUAAGACUCCAUAUGGCAUGGAUCAUGCUAGUGUCAACUGUAAACAAGCUCCAGCCCUAGAGCAGGCCCUGCACAAGGACACCUCAGAAGGCUUUUUCUCACCAUACACACAUCAUCUAAUCAGAACAGAUAGUACUGUCAUGUACACACCACUACCGCCCUCGUACACAUGCCCUGUCUCCGAGGGCAACAGGAAGGGUACACUCAGUUCAGGUCAUCAGGAGACUCAUGGCUGCAGUAGAAGAAGAGGGAUGGUGUUCAAUGAAAAAGGCCUCUGUUUAGAUUGCACCCCCACGGAUGAGGAGAUCUCACAGCUUUGGCACGGUGUCCGCAGCGCCUUAGCCACCAAGGACGCAAAAACAAUGCUCAGAAGACAGGCCCUGGAGAGUGGGCGAGCUGUAAGGAAACACUGCGUGGAGCAGAGCAGGCAGUCUUCUGGCUCAGGGAAUAGACGGCUUCCUCAGCCCUCUCAGCCAACGAAACAGCCCACAGAGCCAGUCAGAAUGUUUUCCAAUACUUGCAACGUGGCCUUUACAGAUGAAGCAUUGGAAAGUGCAGCCCAGUUACACCUGGCUGAAGUACAUACUGAAGGCCUACUGGAAGAAAGAGAUAUUGUAGCUGCCAUGGACACAGCCCAAACACAGGGUCCAGGAACAGUGCUGCAGCACAGCCAACAGCAGGGACUCACCAGCAUUUCCUUUGAAGAGCAGAAAAUCCUACUCUCUCUGGACAGACUUAACCACCAGCUGCAUUGUGUGCGAGAACAUGUAGCUAGCAAAACUGGCACACGAGGCCUCGUACUUAUUGAUGCACCUUCUACAAAGGAAAUUAAAGUCACAAACCAUCUCAAGCACCGUGCAUCUUCAGCUAACAACCGCUCUCGAUACCUGAAGAAAUUCUGA